GGAGGUUUCAGACGUCAAACAAAAUCAAACAUGGCUAAAGCACAAAUAUGUAUUUGUUUCAUCGUCUUCUUAUCUCUUUGGUCAGGAAAUUUCAUGGAAGUCAAGGCAGAUAGCCCCAGACAAUGGUGUGUUGCUAAACCUUCUACGGCUACCAAUAAACUUCAACAAAACAUAGACUACGCGUGUUCGAAAGUCGAUUGUAAGAUUAUAUCGGAAGGAGGUGCAUGUUAUUCUCCAAAUAGUCUCAUUAGUGCUGCUUCUGUUGCCAUGAAUCUUUACUACCAAACUCUAGGAAGAAAUUUCUGGAACUGCCAAUUCGAAGGCUCUGGUUUCAUUAGCGUAACUGAUCCUAGCUACGGAAAUUGCAUUUAUAAAUUUCAUACGUAAACAUAUGAAGCUUCGACUUUGUUGCAAGAAGAUAGAGGACCAGACUUGAAAUUCUGCAGUUAAUAAUUAUUUGAAGUUUUGAUGUUUCGAUUUUUCAAAUUUCAACAGCUAAAUGUUUGAGUCUAAAUGUCAUUG